CGCAAGUGAAAGCAAGUUCAUUCAUUCACCUUUCCUUCUUCUGUUAACAUCAUGAUGGACUGGAUCAUCUCCUUCUUCCAUCGCAGACGGUACUCGGUGUGCCUACUCCAAGGCUUCCCAACCUGAACAGCCUCACCCUCCGAAUCCACCCUGCACCAUUCACGGCUCAACCGAUCCUCUUCCACCUACCGUACCAGCAUCUUCCAAGACGUGCUGUAACUCCAUCUUUCCAUCUCGCCAUGAUUUGACCAGCACCGGCUGUACUUGCAAGACCCAGGCUGCGACUCUGAAGCCAUCAACCAGAACCCUACCAACGUGAAGUCUACAGAAAAGUACCCGUGCGGGGGCUUCGGCUCUCAAGUUGCCACGAGCGUUCAGCACAGCGUUGAGCGGUGAGAACAACAGAACAAGAAGACAAGAAAUGAAGCAAUUAUUGGUAAAGGUUCAGGACUCUAAUAAGAUUGCUCGGCAGGCAAAGUGGACGCUGCAGAUCUUCCGAUUUCGGCGACCCGCAUCUUGUCGACGACGACGUCGAUUGUACAACCUCGAUCAACACCACACUGCAGGCCUCCCUCCCCCAUACUUGUACUUGAGCCUGACCAGACGUAGAGGAGGCGGUCGGGGAGAAUAAACAUUUGAUUCUACGCUUUCUGCGCUUUGUCGUUCUUGAAUGGCCAGAAAAGCCGUUGCCGGCAGCCCUGCUCGCGGACAGAAUAGUUGGGUGUUGACUUAGGCUCGUGCCGCAGAACCUGGUAUACACUCACCCCAUUGGCAAAUGUUUUGAUGUUUGACGCCUUCGUUUCACAGGAGGAAUUAUAACUGCGUCUAACAAGCAUGGCCGGCGCGUCUGAUACUAGGCUAGCAUACACCGCUCCCAAGUUCACCAUCGAUCUCUCUCUGCCGCCUGAAGACCGCUACAAAGCCUUGGCCGAGGCGUACAAGAGUCAACUUCAGGGCUUGACUGGUCUGUUCAACGACUUGCUCAGAGACCUUGGCCUGGCAAGCCAUUACCAUGGUCUGGUCAAUCGUGCUGCACGACUUCUCCUCCGAGGCGUUCAUUCACCCAUCGAAAAUGCAGAGCUGCGGGGAAUUGCAGAGGUAACCGGAGUGCCAAUGUAUCUGCUGGUUUCUUUCAAUGUCAUCUUGGAUCUUCUUAUGGGGUGCACAUCCGGUGCUGUUCGAUGUCUCGAAAAGGGACAGCCACCGAGCAAGGCUAAAAUGUUACAUUUCCGUACCUUGGACUGGACAAUGGAUCCUCUUCGAUCUGUGAUUGUUCAGCUUGAGUUUGUUCGAAGUGAAUCAGCGAACCCUUCCGAGGUCCUUGCUCGAAGUAUCACCUAUGUGGGAUUCGUCGGGUUCCUGACUGGUGUCCGCCAGGGCCUGAGUUUGUCUCUCAAUUUCCGUGCUGUCCACAAUGCCAGCACCAAGAGAGGGCAUUUCGAAUUCUACUUCCACCACCUUCUGGUUCUGCUAGGCUAUCGUCAAUCAAUCUCAAGCUUACUGAGAAGCUACAUGAUCUCAGAGAGUGAAGGCCGUGACCAGCCUAGAACACUUGCCGAAAUUUCGGAAGACGUUGACUCCCGGCGAACAACAGCCGCGUAUUUGACCUUCAGUGACGGGGUCUCAACAAUCGUGAUUGAGAAGGACUACAAGACUGCGAAGGUCCGUCGAUCCGACACCUUCAUUGCCAUUACCAACCAUGACGUGGAGAAUCACAACGGAGGGUCAACCUCCAUAACUCCGGCAGCAGAUGAGAUGGUAGACCACUCCAAGGGAGUUGCUGCUGGGUUGCACGAGCUUAUCGACGAGAGUCGAGACAGGCUCGCCUGUAUCUCCUCAAAAUGGGAAGCUCAUGUACAGAAAGAUCAAGGCCAGGCAAAAAGGAAAAAGACCGAUGCCGGUCGCACGGAUGUGGCGAUCACACAAGGAAAGCUGAUUGAAUGGCUGUCCGCAUGGCCCACAAGCAAUGAAUACACCCAUUUUGCGGCUGUUCUGGACCCGGCGACAGGCGAUGUGGUCUGGACAAGGGCAUACAGAGUUCCGAUCAAGGCACCAGGGUGAAGGGUGAUCUUGUGGCGUGGACUGGAAUUUGUUUGAAGUAUCGGAGGAGCCGACUUACCGAUAUAUUGGGUUGUCUCGGCAGCGUCGUUACGGUCCUAGUACUGCGAGGUGCAUUUCCGUGGUCUUCGAGAGCAAAGACAGGGGCAUUUAUGUUUUCCGAUCUGUCCCUGGCAGACAUACAUGCAUGUUUUGAGAUUGAUUGUCCGAUGCCAAAGUGCCACAUCGGAUGGGUUACCAGGGAGAAGCCUGCCACAGCAAAACAAAAUAGGGGAGUUGGAAACGUGGCCAGGGACAAAGGACUAUGUAUCCGCUCAAAACAUCCGUGGCUUCAAGGGAGGUUGGAGGGAAGUAAGGAGUACGGUCCGAGCACAUGGAUGACCCGAAAGGUUAUCCAUGCUUCCUGACGAUCUCGCUGCCCUUGGGGCCAAAUACCUCGAGCGGCAUGGAUGCGGCCCUCCGCGUCACGAAGCUCCGACGGCUGGCAUUACCUGAAUGUGGAAUAAUUCUUAUCUAGGUACAUAUGUGCUGUGCAGGCAGCCCAUGUCGCAAACUCGAACAGCAUUAAUUGUGGAAUCUCCACACAAAUACGAAAGGUCACUCGUGCUUACGCACAGAGACCUCGACAACUUGGAGUCUACCACGAAGCUGCUGGAGAGUGACUGUAUGACGGCCUGACUUAAAUCGAAAGGUGACCCGGCCUGCUCUGAUUCGCCGAUGAAUCAAGUCUGGGGGUGUCAUGGGAUGCCAUGGUGUGGCCACGUUAAGCAACCAGGCCAUCAAUUCGAGCCCUCGCAUUUGUGACGAGCAUAACAUGCACAUUCGGAGAAAAUGCAAUGCUACUGCGGGCACUAGAGUUGUGAUACCAUGGUCUGAGUUCCCGGAACCACGAGCAUGACCAAUCUCAUCGCCAUAAGGCAAUGUCCUAGUU